AUGGUGCACGAAGAGGUAGAAAAUGAUUUCGGGCCCAAAAAAAUGACCAAGAAAACUAUUCAGGCAUCGUGUCGUAAGAAUAAACUCUAUCUUACGCCACACUUGAACGAAGUUCUGUAUCUACACUAUUCAGGAUACAAUGAGAUCGACUGCCUGGAGGAGUACGUUGGAUUGAAAUGUCUCUGGCUUGAAUGCAACGCCAUUUCCAGCAUUUCCGAUCUGAAACACCAACCCCUAUUGCGCUGUCUGUACUUGCACAACAACCUCAUCAAGAAAAUAGAAAACCUCGAACAUUGCAAACAGCUGGAUACUCUGAACCUUUCGCAUAACCACAUAACAAAGGUAGAAAACUGUGGCAUCGACAUUUUGCCCGUCUUGAACACACUAAACAUGUCACACAAUUAUUUAAAAUCGAUCGAGAGUGUGGAGGAUCUUCGAAAGUGUGAUUUUGUUUCCGUCCUCGACAUUUCACACAAUCGCAUCGAAGAUAUUGCUAUCGUAAAGGUUCUUGGAGCUAUGAAAGGGCUGCGCGUGCUAACACUGACGGGGAAUCCGGUGGUCAAUGAAAUACCUUCCUAUCGCAAAACAUUAAUACUGGAGUGUAAAACACUCACAUACCUCAACUCCCGUCCAGUUUUCGAUAAAGACAGAGCAUGUGCUGAAGCAUGGAAACGUGGUGGAUACCAAGAAGAGCUUAAAGAGCAUCAACGAUGGAAGAAAGAAGAGCAGCGUAAAAUGAGACGGAACAUUAAUGCUACAUUACGUCUCCGUCAUCGAGGGGAUGGCGAACCAGAAUUGCUUAAAACGAGCAGCGACGAGGAAGCAGAUGUAGAGAAAAAUGAAUCGUCCAACACAAAGGCAGAAUUACAGGAUAUGCAGGAGUUAUCCAAUUUGGAAGCGUGGAAAGAAACGGAAGCCUUGUUCAAUCAGCUUCCAGAUGGACAAACAUCUCCUUCGCCUUCAACAUCUUACGGUCAGUGGAGUGGUGUUGAUGGAAAAGACAAGCCAAGCCUAGAUGCGGCAGUCAAUAACAAGGAUAAUAUGAAAAGAUCGCUUGUCGAAGAAAUAAGCAACGAAGAAUACCACCUGCUAACAGCUAGGAAAGAUUCGAAUGAACAAUAUCAGGACGACUCGACACCAACCAUAAACGAGAUGACAUUAGAAAAGAAGGCUUUGGAGGAAACACAUGCCAUAUCUCCAGCAGUUGCAAACGAGCCAGAGAAAGAAGAACAUUCUGGUACAAGCGAGAACAUGGUGAAGGCGUUUGAGGAUGAUAUAAGAGAUGGUGAAAACCUCGAUGCACCUCUGUGUAAGACGGUGGAUGAACUCAUAGUAACAACACAAGAGUCAUUCAAUGCGAUGCAGAUUGAAAAUGAAAAAGAAAGUAAAAUAGCUUCGGCCGAAAAAGAGGAAACACUUAACGUCGUAAUACAUUCGAAGGAAAUUUCAAUCACCAUGCAACCGUCGUGCAGUGACGGGAAAGAGAUUCCUCGAACCUCCAAGGAUGAUGAUGUAUGCGAGGGAGAGCGGAAGCCUUCCGUCGCUUCCGUUGAUUACGUCACCGGGUCGGAUUCCAACUCGGAUCCCACACUCGUCACGGAUUGUGACAGCUGCAUUCGCAACAGCAGCGUGGCGUACAGUUCCCGUUCGGACACCUCCGACAGCGAGGACAUGUUCGACAAGAUUGUCCCCAGGAAGCACCGCAAGUUGGCGUCCCUUGUUCGCACCGACCCGUCGUCGACUAGCAGCAGCUCGGAGUCGGAUGAUGAAACGGGGGCACUCGGUAGCAAGCUGGAUCGGCAGAAUACGAUCACGGAGUUUAUCGACGAGUACAAACGGUUCUUCCGCUCGGUGGACACGCGCGACCCGAAGUGUGUCGUGAAGAACCGGCACAAGCUGGUGCGUCCGCAGACGGCCAAAUCGCAGCGGACGGAACCACUCAUCUACGAUGGCGUUCUGAAGUCGAUGGAGCGCCAGUCGAGUGCGAGUAAAAUUGAACAAGUGCGCCAGGAACGGGCGGAGGCCAGUGCAAGCUUGGCCAAGGAGAGCGUCUUCGAACGGCUACUGAAGGGUCACGCAGCAGUCGAUAUGGACAUCGAGAGUCCGACGAUUUCGAUCGGGGGUAAGCCGCACAACUUAAACGAGUACCGCUUGGAUGUUUUCCGCGAAGGUCCGGCAAAGUUGCAGACAUUGAUCGAUCGAGUUACGGCGCACAAGGAUAAGUACAAUGCACAAAUCGACAGCAUCCACGUCCAGCUGGCGAACAUUAUGGAUGACUACGGCCAAAUCAGUGAGAAGUUGAAGAGGGUCGACAACAUGAUACAGACCAUUGAGGAGGAAGUGGAUAGAGAUGAUGAGGACGAAUUCAACGACGCGAUGGAUAAAGUCCCUCAGCAAAGCACCAUCGAGCGGAUCGUCGAAGCCGUUGAAGUCGGUACCGGAAACGAUCAACCCAUGUCAUCCGGGGAAUCAAGUGGGGCUUCAUUUGAUCCUGCACUGUUUGAACACGACGAGCAAGGUGAUGGGAUUGAACCCGGUUCUCGCAUUGAAAUUGAAGAAGGAAUCUUUAUCACCGGCACCGAUGGACGCUUGGUGAAGGUGAAGCGCCUCAAGCGGGGCAAUAAGGUGAUCCAGGCUAGCCAGUGGUUUGAGCAGGCGAACGCCAAGCCGGCCGCACUGCUCGAGCUGACCGAGAAGGAGCUCGAAUCGGACGCCAUCCUGCGGGGCAUUUGGAAGGCGAUCCUCAAGGUGGAGAUCGAGCCGGAGACGGACUUCUUUGCGUGCGGCGCUGGCUCCAUGGAUGUCGUGCGCCUGGUGGAGGAGGUAAAGGACACCCUCGAGGUGCCGAUUAGCAACGAAACCCUUUUCAUGGCUCCGACGUACGGUGAGUUCAUGCAGGAAGUGGUGCUUCGGUUGCGCAGUGGAAACGAUUCGGUUGGAGUUGGUGCAAACAUUGGAUAUGACUUCCGACACGUGGUGCUUAAGGCGAACCGAAGGGAAAUUGUCGUGCCCACGCAGAUGUUUGUGAGUGGCCGGUUCAUCGAUGCCGAGGGUGGUAAAACACUUCCAAUUAUAAAUCCCACGACGGAACAGGCUAUUUGCGCGGUAGCGGCCGCUUCAAAGGGUGACGUCGACGAGGCGGUAAAGAGUGCCGAUGAGGCUUUCAGGACCGUGUGGACGAAUGUGUCGGCUCGUGAACGGGGGCUUGAUCCGCCACUGGGUCAGAUGAUGUUCCGGUUGGCCGAGCUGAUGGAACAACACAAAGAGGAACUAGCGACGAUCGAAUCGAUUGACUCAGGAGCUGUCUAUACACUCGCACUGAAGACCCACGUUGGUAUGUCGAUCGAUGCGUGGCGCUACUAUGCCGGCUGGGCGGAUAAGAUCGAGGGCACCACCAUCCCGGUUAGCCCGGCCCGGCCAAACCACGUACUGACGUUUACCAAACGGGAACCGAUCGGUGUAUGCGCGCUCAUCACACCCUGGAACUAUCCGCUCAUGAUGCUCUCGUGGAAGAUGGCGGCGUGCAUUGCGGCCGGCAACACGGUCGUCAUCAAGCCGGCCCAGGUGUGUCCACUGACGGCGCUCAAGUUUGCCGAGCUGACGGUUCGGGCCGGGUUCCCGCCCGGCGUCAUCAACGUCGUCACCGGGACCGGUUCCCUGGCCGGCCAAGCGUUGGCCGACCAUCCGCUGGUGCGCAAGCUCGGCUUCACCGGCUCAACACCGAUCGGCAAGCGCAUCAUGGCGUCGUGCGCUGAGUCGAACAUUAAAAAGUGCUCGAUGGAGCUCGGUGGCAAGUCGCCGCUGGUCAUCUUCGCCGACUGCGACCUCGAGGAGGCGGUCCGGCUCGGCAUGUCGGCGGUGUUCUUCAACAAGGGCGAAAACUGCAUCGCCGCCGGUCGCCUUUUCGUGGAGGAUCGUGUGCAUGAUGAGUUCGUGCGAAAGGUGGUGAAGGGUAUCCGCACGAUGAAGAUCGGUGAUCCACUGGACCGUGCCACGGCGCAUGGUCCCCAGAACCAUCUGGCCCACCUGCAAAAGCUUCAGGAGUACUGCACCGUGGGAGUGAAGGAAGGUGCCACCCUGGUGUGUGGCGGUAAGCGGGUACCUCACCUCAAGGGACUCUUCUUCGAGCCGACCGUGUUCACCGACGUCGAGGAUCAUAUGCACAUCGCACAGGAGGAGUCGUUCGGACCAAUCAUGGUCAUCUCCAAGUUCCACAGCAGCGACUUUGAGGCACUCGUUGCCCGCGCCAACAACACCGAGUACGGGCUGGCUAGCGGUGUGUUCACCAAGGACAUCCAGAAGGCACUCCUGUUUGCCGAGAAGGUCGUAGCGGGGACAGUGUUUAUCAAUACGUACAACAAGACGGACGUUGCCGCACCGUUCGGUGGAUUCAAGCAGAGUGGAUUUGGAAAGGAUUUAGGGAAAGAAGCUUUAAAUGAAUACCUCAAAACCAAAUGCGUUACGGUGGAAUACUGAUACGGC